GGGCGGGAUAAAGAGUGUGUGACUCUUUGUUCCCAGUCCAAGAUGGCUGCGUCCAUGGCUCGGCGUUUGUGGCCUUUGUUGGCUCGUCGAGGGCUUCGGCCCCAGGGAAACUGUGUCUCCAGCCAGAACCCAAGGAGGAGUUUCGCUGCAGAGAAACCAGACCGGAACCUUCUGUACGAGCACGCGCGCGAGGGCUACAGCGCUCUCCCUCAGCUGGAUAUGGAGCCUCUGUGCGCAUGCCCAGAAGAGGUCGCGCGUGCCCUGGACCUCCGCAAGGGGGAGCUGCGGCCGGCUGAUCUGCCCGCGAUCAUUGCAGUGUGGCAGGAGCUGAGGCAGCUUCGAGAGCAGAUCCGGAGCCUGGAGGCAGAGAAGGAGGCUGUGACAGAGGCCGUGCGGGCCCUGCUGGUGAACCAGGACAGCAGCCAAGUGCAGCAGGACCCUCAAUACCAGGCUCUACGGGCACGUGGCCGGGAGAUCCGGAAGAAGCUCGCGCCCCUGUACCCCAGGGGCACCCAGCUCGAGGAGCGGUUCUACGUGCGGGCGCUGAGGCUGCCCAACCAGACCCACCCAGACGCCCCCAUCGGGGAUGAGAGCCAGGCCCGAGUGCUCCAUGUAGUCGGAGAAAAGCCAGCUUUCUCCUUCCAACCCCGGGGCCACCUGGAAAUUGGCGAGAAGCUCGACAUCAUCCGUCAGAAGCGCCUGUCCCACGUGUCCGGCCACCGCUCCUAUUACCUCCGCGGGGCAGGGGCCCUUCUGCAGCACGGUCUGGUCAACUUCACCCUCAACAAGCUGGUCCGCCGGGGCUUCACCCCCAUGACGGUGCCAGACCUUCUCCGAGGAGCCGUGUUCGAAGGCUGUGGGAUGACGCCAAAUGCCACCCCGUCCCAAAUUUACAACAUUGACCCCUCCCGCUUCGAAGACCUCAACUUGGCUGGCACGGCCGAGGUCGGGCUCGCAGGUUACUUCAUGGACCACACUGUGGCUGUCAGGGACCUGCCAGUCAGGAUGGUCUGUUCCAGCACCUGUUACCGGGCCGAGACGGACACGGGGAAGGAGCCCCGGGGGCUGUACCGCGUGCACCACUUCACCAAGGUGGAGAUGUUUGGAGUGACAGGCCCCGGGCUGGAGCAGAGCUCGCAGCUGCUGGAGGACUUCCUGUCCCUUCAGGUGGAGAUCUUGACGGAGCUGGGCUUGCACUUCCGGGUCCUGGACAUGCCCACCCAGGAGCUGGGCCUUCCCGCCUACCGCAAGUUCGACAUCGAGGCCUGGAUGCCCGGCCGAGGCCGCUUUGGGGAGGUCUCCAGCGCCUCCAACUGCACUGACUUCCAGAGCCGCCGCCUCCACAUCAUGUUCCGCACCGAGGCCGGGGAGCUGCGGUUCGCGCACACCGUGAACGCCACGGCCUGCGCGGUGCCGCGCCUCCUCAUCGCCCUCCUGGAGAGCAACCAGCAGAAGGAUGGCUCUGUCCUCGUGCCCCCUGCGCUCCAGCCCUACCUCGGCACCGAUCGGAUCACGGCCCCCACCCACGUGCCUCUCCAGUACAUUGGUCCCAACCAACCCCGGAAGCCCAGAGACCCUGGCCAGGCGGCCUCCAGCUGAGAACGUCGCACACCAGCGGUUGUCACUGCUGCCUGGGCUGCAGAGGCCUGGCCCAGGGACCUGUUUUCCUGAACCCUCCUGACGGCUGAGUCACUCACACCCCGGCUCCAGGCUUGACCCUCCCCUGCCCGCCCUCUCUGAGUCCCUGGGUGACCUGUUGCUCCUGGGGCCCGCAGCAGGAGGCAGGAUGGCUGGGACGGGAGGAGGACGGACAGACUUCUGUCCUCCAUCUCCUUUCCUCCCUCGUGCUGGGCAGAAGGUCCUCAAUAAAUGGUCAGAACAGGGACCUCUGUGCGGCUGUGAGCAGGGGCAGAGCCUGGGCCACCCGGGAGGCGCUGGGCAACGGCAGGGGGUCCCAGCCGACAUGGGGGGGGGUCUGUGGCUGUGAGGACUGGGCUGGCAGCAUCCAGCAACCCCAGACCACAGGCAGGUGCCCCGGGCCCCCAGGAGCUUCGAGGAGGCCGAGCUCGUCCCUGCCCCCCAGGGCAGGCCUCUGCUGGCCGCUGGAACUCACCUCGCUUCACCCCUGUCCCCUGCUCCAGCAUCGACCCUGAGGUUUCCUCAGCAGUUUUUCCCACGUCCCUGUCGAGCUCAUCAGUGACCUUGGCAGUCCACCUUCAGAGUCUUGCCACAGCCUGUCAUGCCCUCUCCUCCCUGCCCUCUGCCAGUCCUGCUGACCAGUGUCUCCUCCUUGGAUCAUCACAGAAGCCGGCUGUCUCCUUGACUCCCUGUGAACCCCCAAGUCAGGGCCUGCCCCUCCCUCCCCAGAGCCCCCACGGCUCCAUCAGAGUAAAGGACAAAGUUGUCAUGGC